GCUCAAUUAUGUAAAUUCGCUUACGGAGAAAUCUCGUACCGAUCAUACUGACAGUGUAGGCUUGUAACUGGCUGUGUUGAACGCUGACGAGAUGCUAUAGAAGUGUCUACCACAUGCUAGGCCCGAAUCUCUCAAAGGGGCCUAGUAUAAACGAACUUCACCACAGGAUGCAGUAUGCCUCGUGUGUUGUGAACACAUGUCAAGUUGUUUGUUAGGUUCCCGUCGCUGACAGCUGAACCCCGCACGAGUAAGCCCCCACUUUCAAUCCACCCCCAACUCUGCUACAAAAGCCGUGGACGCAUCGUUCUUCCAACGACUAGUUUAGACCUGCAUAUCUCGUGCAACUUACAGACGAGAAGAUAUAACAAAUUCCUGCGGAGGUUUCAGACUCGCCAACACAAUGGCAUCGACGCUCGACAUCGAAACCUACAAAGGCAAUAUUAUCAACAAUGAGAUUGUCCCAACUCCUGAGACUCGCCAUUCCAUCAACCCUGCGACCGGGGAAGCUCUCUACGAAGUUCCCGUCGCUCGGAAGGAGGAUCUAGACGCAGCCGUCAAGAAUGCCAGAACAGCAUUCAAGUCAUGGAGCGCAACAACCUUCUCCGAGAGAGCCGAAUUGCUUCUCAAGUACGCAGAUCUGAUUGAAGCCAAUCGUGAUCAGCUGGAGAAGCUGCUCACCACAGAGCAAGGCAAACCGCUCUCCCUAUCUCACACUGAAUUAGACUGUGCUCUGCAAUGGCUCCGCACAUUCGCGACCAUGGAAGUUACAGACGAAGUCCUCGAAGAAGACGAAGAGAAAACAAUAUACUCCACCUAUCCACCCAUUGGGGUUUGCGCCGGCAUAGUGCCCUGGAACUGGCCCAUUCUGCUCGGCUUGGGCAAGGUCGGCCCGGCGCUUAUCACCGGUAAUACCUUCAUCAUGAAGCCCUCGCCCUACACACCUUACUGCGACCUCAAGCUGGGCGAGCUGGCCGCGCAAGUCUUCCCGCCAGGUGUCGUGCAAGUUCUCUCCGGAGACGACAGCCUUGGACCUUGGAUCACGGAGCACCCUGGUAUUGACAAGAUCGCCUUCACUGGUUCAAGCGCAACUGGCAAGCUGGUCGCAGCAAGCUGUGCGAAGACUCUGAAGCGAUAUGUGCUUGAGCUCGGUGGUAAUGACGCAGCCGUCAUCUGCGAGGAUGUGGAUAUCGACAAGUGCCUGCCAAAGAUUGCAAUGAUGAGCUUCUUGAACUCGGGACAGAUCUGUAUGCUCACUAAGAGGAUCUACAUCCACGAGAAGAUCUACGAUGAGUUCAGGGACAAGAUGGUGGAAUUUACAAAAGGCAACAUCAAGACUGGCGCAGGCACUGAGGAGGGUGUUGUUGUUGGACCUGUGCAGAACAAGAUGCAAUAUGACAAGGUCAAGGACCUGUACGAUGAGAUCGAGAGGAGCAAUUGGAAGACUGCGCUGUCUGGAUCUGCCGGACAAUUUGAGCACGGCUACUUCAUCACUCCAGCGAUCAUCGACAACCCACCAGAAGACUCCCGCAUCGUUCAAGAGGAGCCUUUCGGCCCCAUCGUGCCUUUGUUGAAGUGGUCCGACGAGGAAGACGUGAUCGACCGCGCAAACGCAUUGAAGGUUGGCCUCGGAGCAUCAGUGUGGGCCAAGGAUGUGAAGCGCGCUGAACGUAUGGCGAGACAGCUGUCGGCAGGUAGUGUCUGGGUCAACUCACACUUCGACGUUUCUCCAAAAAUUCCCUUUGGAGGUCACAAAGAGUCAGGCAUCGGCAUGGAGUGGGGUAUUGAGGGAUUGAAGCACUACUGUAACAGCCGUAGCUUGUGGGUAUGGAAGAAGGUCUUUGAGUAGUCGUUACUUUCCAAAUGGACUUUCUAUGCUCCACGAUAGUAGUUGCAAUGCUCAGUUUGAUCAAACAAUAUUAGCCUGUCGAAGCUUGUAUUGUGUCAAUCUUCGAUUGUCGACAGGAACGUCUUGAGCGAGUGGGAGGAUAGAACAACGAUGCCUAGAUAUGGUAAAGAGCUGCGAAUACGUCGACACAACGAAGGCAAGCGAAUUAGGACUUUUGGAAGUGGGUCCACUUCUGAGCCACAGCCGAAUCACGUUAGUGCCCGAGGCAUUGGGGUUGCGGAACCCCUCCGCGUUCCGAAAAGUCAAC